UCCAUGUGUUUAGUAGCUUGCUGCAAGUGCAACGAGAAGCAACAAGCAGAAUGGGGUUUCAAUUAAUUUGGAAUGGUAAAUUUCUCAUAUUCGUGCUAGCCACAAUUUUAGUGGACGAGACUUUAACCAGGAGUAUAGAUCUCCACAAUGAUUCAGUAUUUCUGAACAAGGUGAGAUUAGGUAUUCUGGUCGCUCCUACCAACGCCUCUUGUAUUGGGAAUGGGGACCCCCCAGUGUUACCAGCUACGGCGGAUCCUAACGAUAACACUUACUUCUAUCAAUGCUUCUGGUUUCCUGAUGAAAAUUGCAAAUGUGAAUAUUGGUAUGUUGCCUAUCUUGAAUGUGCACCAGGAGGUUACUUCGAUGAAACACUCCAAGAAUGCAUGCUAAUUGAAGUGACCACAAGCACUAGCUUACCCACAGUAGAGGAAGAAGAACUAGUAUCAGGUGCAGCCACUACAGAGUCACCACCUGCUGCAACGCCAACUACACCGACGGCUACAACGCCAACUGAGACCUCGGAAACUUCCCCAACUGAUUCGCCAACUACACCGACGGCUACAACGCCAACUGAUACGUCGGAAACUUCCCCAAGUGAUUCACCAACUACACCCACGGCUACAACGCCAACUGAGACUUCGGAAACUUCCACAAGUGAUUCACCAACUACACCGACGGCUACAACGCCAAGUGAGACCUCGGAAAUUUCACCAAGUGAUUCACCAACUACACCGACGGCUACAACGCCAACUGAGACUUCGGAAACUUCCACAAGUGAUUCACCAACUACACCCACGGCUACAACGCCAACUGAGACUUCGGAAACUUCCACAAGAGAUCUCGGAAACUUCCCCAAGUGA